GUUAUAAAGUGACUCCCAUUCAGUAUUCAGACUAUCAAUCACCCCACUCGUAUAUUGCUCAGAAUAUCCAUCCAAUAACCAUGACCGCUCUUUAUCCUCAUCAUGGCCGACGUCGAUCUGCCCACUCAAAUCCGCACUUUGAUCAAAGAGCCACAUGGCACCGUCAACCGUUUGAAUACCGCCCGCAUUCCACUCUGCCUCCCUCCCCAAGCCAGUCUUCCCACUCUCUACACCCUCGGCUUUUCACGAUACGCAGAGAUAUACUUUGGCCUCGAGGAAGCAUGGCUCAACCAGAUCCGUGAUCCAAUCGACUGGGCUGGUGCGACCGACAAAUCUACCUCGUUCGCCAACGACAAGGAUCGGGUGCUGGCUGUCCUACGCCAAGUCUAUCUUCCUGAACUCUUGCGUAGUCGACGUCUGGAGGCUGAUCUCGGCCUUCUCAAGUCGCUUGAUCCUACCGCGGCGGAUCUUUCGACCAAGAAACCAAAUGCUGGCAGUGAGUUUCGCCAGUACAUCAAAGAACGCAUCGCGGAGAAGCCGCAUCUCCUGGUGUCGUAUAUCUGGAUCAUGUAUUCCGCCCUGUUCAACGGCGGACGCUGGAUCCGUGGUUUACUGUUUAAGGCGGGUCCGGAAUUCUGGGGAUUAUCGUCAAUGGAACUGAGCAUGAACAGCUUCCCGGCUCCAUUGUCGUUCUGGCAAGUUGAAGAUUAUGAGAGGGUCAAGGAUGAAUUCCGGGAGAGAGUUGUCAAUGCAGACAAGCUCUUGACUGAGACUGAGCGGCAGGAGGUUCUCGAUGAGACGCUGGAGAUCUUCCGUCGGUGUGAACUCAUCACACUCGAGCUGGACCAGGACGUGGCCGGACAGCAAUAGAGCACACCACGAAUGAACGUGGCAGUUAGAAUAUCCUCCAUUGCGAAAGUUGACCUGGUAAGAUGAAUGAUCUGCAGCGGGGAUAGCUUCAUCUCGCCUAGUUUACUGCAACGGGCCUAGUUCCACCCACACAACUCAACACCAAACGUGCGUACUACAUUGUAUAUCUUCAAGAGACAUAUUUAUAGCAAGACUAGGAUCUAGGUCGAAACACCUAGCCAAUUAUAUCG